UGAUAAUUGUAGUAGUGUUCAUCCAUAAUAUUGUUUUUCUAGUGGCGGCUUUUGCUCAAACGAAUCAUUCCAUUCAUUUAUUAUUUUUAUUUUUUACAACUUGCAAACUUUAUACCUUCCUAUUAAGACCCAUCCAUAACUAUUCCUUUUUUCUCAUAAAAAUCCAACAUGAAAUCCUCCAUUUUGGUUGCUUGUUUCGUUACCUUCGUUAUAUUUCAUUCAUCACAAGCUCAAACUCCUCGAGAGAAUUUUCUUAACGCUCACAAUGCAGCUCGUAGACGAGUUGGAGUGGGCCCCAUGACAUGGGACGAUGGUCUAGCAGCCUAUGCCCAAAAUUACGCCAAUCAAAGAGGUGGUGACUGUGGAAUGAUCCACUCUGAUGGCCCUUACGGCGAAAACCUAGCCGCUGCUUUUCCACAGCUAAACGCUGCUGGUGCUGUGAAGAUGUGGGACGAUGAGAAGCAAUGGUACGAUUAUAAUUCGAAUACGUGUGCUCCAGGAAAAGUAUGUGGACAUUAUACUCAAGUAGUAUGGCGUAAGUCGGUACGUCUUGGUUGUGCAAGGGUUCGAUGCAACAGUGGGUGGGUUUUUAUAACGUGCAAUUAUGAUCCACCCGGUAAUUAUAGAGGACAACGUCCCUACGGUGAUCUUGAAGAACAAAAACCGGCCUUUGAUUCCAAGUUGGAGCUUCCAAAUUGAUUUCAUGAUCAUCAAGUCGAUCAUCAUCGAUGAAUAAA